AUGCUAUCCACAACAACAUCAUCAUCAUCAACAACAAUGGAGCAAACCAUCUUUUCUGAACAAGAUCUAUGUGAUGAAGAAUCUAUCAUGAUGGGAGACUUUGAAGACCACUCUCCAUCAUUUUUGUCAUCAUCACAACAACAACAAGUUUCUGAAAGUGAUGACUCUGAAAGCGACAGACUUCAUGAUGAAAAAUCCUCCAAGAAUGGAAAGAAGAGAAAGGGCUAUUCAAAAGAGAUUACCAAAGUUCUCAAUGAUUGGUUCUUUGCUAAUCUUCAAAAUCCAUAUCCAAGUGAAGAGGAAAAGAAGGAAAUGGUCAAUCAAACUACAUUGACUCUUCUCCAAAUCAACAAUUGGUUCUCUAACAAGAGAGUUCGAUACAAGAGAAAGAUGCAAAAAGAAGGUCAAGAAGUAAUUGAUGGAGGUAUUGUCAUUGACAUCAAUCAAGCAUUCCGUUCCAUCAAGAAACAAAAUAAGGGAGAAAAGAACUCCUCAAACGCUGUGUCAUCAAUUGAUUCCACUUCCUCCAGUCAAAGUUCUGCAGCUCCAAAGAGAAAGAGAUCCUCUGCCUCUAAGGAUGCUUCAUGUUCCAAGAAGAAGAGACCAACUCCAUUGAGUGUUGUGAAUCAUGUCAAGACUAGGAAUGGAACAACAUCAGAGAAUGAUAGUACUCCAACAAGUGCAAUCACAACAUUGACACCACCACCAUCAAUCUCGACAACAACGACUACUACUCUUACCACUCCAUCGUCGUCACUUGUUCACAAUUCCUCUUCUCCUGCAGUAACCUCUUCUUCUGAGCCAAAGAAUGUUCUUAGUUCACUUCUUGAAGCUCCAUCCAAUAAGAAUUUGAAUGGAUCUUCAGUUGUAUUAUUACGGUCACCCAUCUUGACCAAUCAAUCUCCUGGAAUGUCUUCACCACAAUCCUCUUGUCCACAAAGCUCUCCAAAGAUGACUCCUGAUGAGAGAUCUCCAUGUUCUACUGAUGAAGCAGUCUGUAGUCAACAACCAAAGAAAAUUGACUUUUUCCAAUCUCUGCAACAAGCAGGCGUCAUUUUCCCACAAACACCUGCUAUCAUUCCUGUAAUUCCAUCAUACCCUCCAUAUGCAUUUGUACAUCAUCAUGCUGCUGCCUACUAUCCUGUGAGCGAAGUAGUUGCUAAUUCAUCACCCACAUCAUCUCCCUAUCAAUAUUCUUAUCCCAUUUACUCGACGACUGCUAUUCCAGCCACUUUUUAUGCAACCCCACACUCCUCCAGUACCUCCACUUUCAUGAUACCAAAGGAAGAAGAGGUUGACGAAAUUGGAUUGGAACAACACGAUGCUGCUUCAUGCUUUGAAUUGGAAGAUAAUUGUCUUGACGAUGUCGCAGGCAUGACAAGCAACAAUCAUCAUGAAAAUUAUUCAUGCCAAGACAAUACCUUUAAUACCACAGACUUGUUCGAAUCGACAGCAACAGAGAAUGAGAAUUGUCUCUUCCUUGACAGUGGACGUGAUGUGUCGUCUGGAUCAUGGAUGAACUCUACAGAGGAUUGCAGUCUUCUCUACUUUUAA